AUGAGAAACAACACAACCAAACUAGUCGUCCACGUUGUUGAUGCUCAAAACCUUAUGCCCAGAGAUGGCCAAGGCUCAGCAAGUCCUUUUGUAGAAGUUGAUUUCCUCAACCAGUUGAGCAAAACAAGAACCGUACCCAAAAGUCUUAACCCUGUUUGGGACCAGAAACUCUACUUUGAUUACGACCACAAAGUGAGAAGAAACCUUCACAACCACCACAUUGAAGUCUCUGUUUACCACGAGAGAAGACCUCUUCCAGGUAGAAGCUUCCUCGGUAGAGUCAAGAUCUCUUUCUCCAACAUUGUUCAAGAAGGUGACCAAGUGUACCAGCGCUUCACGUUGGAGAAGAAAUCAGUUCUCGCUUCUGUUAAAGGUGAGAUUGGUCUCAAAUUCUACAUCUCAUCAUCUGAACAAGACCAACGCUCUCCUCUUCCUUCCCCUUCAAGACCUUACACCAUCUCAACGCAAGCCUCUUCUGCUGUAAUAGAAGAAGAUAUCACUGAUUCUGAAACAGAAGAUUCUCGAGAGAGCUUUGCAUCAGCAGUGCAAGAAGAUAUUCCUGAUUCUGUCAGCGAGAAAGAAGCAGAACCUGAACAAGUUCAAGAACCUGUUCAAACACUACAUAGACAAGAAGUCCUUCCUCGACCCGCACCUAUGCAUUCCAUUCGUCUACGGUCUCGUGAAAACCCGCAAGAAGCCAACACACAUCACUCUCGUGGAGCUAACCAACUUCACUCUCAGCAGCCACGUGGAGCUAACCAGCUUCACUCUCAGCAGACACGUGGAGCUAACCAGCCUCAGCCCCCUCACAACGCCAACCACUUGCAACCAUAUGGUGACAACAUUGACCCAGAAGACUUCAAGGUGAAAGACAUGAACCUGGAACUUGGAGAGAGAUGGCCAAACACAAGCGUUGGAGAGAGAUUCACAGGCACAUACGAUCUAGUGGAACAAAUGUUUUAUCUCUACGUUCGGGUCGUCAGAGCCAAAGAGCUUCCACCUGGUCUAAUCACUGGUGGAUGUGAUCCUUACGUGGAAGUGAAGCUUGGUAACUACAAGGGAAGAACAAAACACUUUGACAGAAAGACAACUCUUCCUGAAUGGAACCAAGUCUUCGCGUUUACUAAAGAACGGAUCCACUCAUCGGUUCUUGAAGUCUUUGUCAAGGACAAGGAGACACUAGGUAGAGAUGACUUUCUUGGAAAAGUAGUGUUUGAUCUUAAUGAAAUCCCAACAAGGGUUCCACCAAACAGUCCUUUAGCUCCACAGUGGUACCGUUUAGAGGAUUGGAGAGGAGAAGGAAAGAUAGUAAGAGGAGAGAUAAUGCUUGCUGUCUGGAUGGGAACUCAAGCUGAUGAAGCUUUCCCUGAAGCAUGGCAUGCUGACUCUGCUUCUGUUCAUGGAGAAGGUGUGUUCAACGUUAGAUCCAAAGUAUAUGUCUCUCCUAAGCUAUGGUACUUAAGAGUCAAUGUUAUUGAAGCUCAAGACAUGAUCCCAAGUGAUAGAAACCGUCUUCCUGAUGUUUUUGUUAAAGCUAAUGUCGGUAUGCAAACUCUCAAGACCAAGAUUUGUCCUGUGAAGACAACAAAUCCUCUCUGGAAUGAAGAUCUUGUCUUUGUGGUUGCUGAACCUUUUGAAGAGCAGCUAGUGAUCUCUGUGGAAGACCGUGUACACACUUCUAAAGAUGAAGUCAUUGGUAAAAUCAGCUUGCCGAUGAACAUGUUCGAGAAGAGGUUAGACCACCGUCCUGUUCACUCUCGUUGGUUCAAUCUUGACAAGUACGGUACAGGAGUUCUUGAAGGAGACCCAAGGAGGAAAGAACAUAAGUUCUCGAGCAGGAUUCACCUGAGGAUAUGUCUUGAAGGAGGGUACCAUGUGAUGGACGAGUCAACGAUGUAUAUUAGUGACACAAGACCAACGGCUAGGCAGCUGUGGAAGCAGCCUGUGGGAAUGUUGGAGAUUGGGAUACUUGGAGCUAAAGGGUUGGUGCCGAUGAAGUUGAAAGAGGGUAGAGGAAGCACUGAUGCGUACUGUGUAGCUAAGUAUGGGCAAAAAUGGGUGAGAACUAGAACCAUUCUUGAUUCACUGAGUCCAAGAUGGAACGAGCAGUACACAUGGGAAGUCUAUGAUCCUUGUACUGUUGUCACACUUGGAGUUUUCGAUAAUUGUCAUUUGGGUUCAGCUCAGUCCGGUAAUGGCUCCUCUAGAGAUGCAAGAAUAGGAAAGGUUAGAAUCAGGCUGUCUACACUAGAGGCUCACAAGAUCUACACACAUUCAUUUCCACUUCUUGUUCUGCAACCACAUGGCCUAAAGAAAACUGGUGACCUCCAGAUAUCGAUCCGUUUCACAACUCUUUCUUUAGCCAACAUCAUCUACAACUAUACCCACCCGCUUCUCCCCAAAAUGCACUAUCUUUUCCCUUUCACGGUUAACCAAGUAGAUGGGUUAAGGUACCAAGCCAUGAACAUAGUUGCAACCCGUUUGGGACGAGCUGAGCCGCCGCUUAGAAAAGAGGUUGUUGAGUACAUGUUGGAUGUAGACUCUCACCUAUGGAGCAUGAGAAGAAGCAAAGCCAACUUUUUCCGCAUAAUGUCACUUCUCUCCGGUUAUUUCUUAGUUGGGAAAUGGCUUGAGGAUAUCUGCAACUGGAGAUACCCAGUUACUUCUGUUCUGGUUCAUGUCCUGUUCUUUAUUUUAGUCAUGUACCCUGAACUUAUCUUGCCCACAAUGUUUCUCUACAUGUUCUUUAUUGGAUUAUGGAACUUUAAGUCCAGGCCUAGACACCCUCCUCACAUGGAUAUGAAACUCUCUUGGGCUGAAGCUGUUAAUCCUGAUGAGCUUGAUGAGGAGUUUGACACGUUUCCAACGUCUAGGUCACAGGACUUGGUGAGGCUUAGGUAUGACCGGCUCAGAAGUGUUGCGGGUAGGAUUCAGACUGUGGUUGGAGAUAUAGCAGCUCAGGGAGAGAGAGUUCAGUCGCUUCUGAGCUGGCGAGACCCUAGGGCUACAAGCCUAUUCAUCUUGUUCUGCUUGGCUGCAUCCGUGGUCCUUUAUGCUAUGCCGUUUAAAGCAAUGACACUGGCUGGUGGGUUGUACUAUCUGAGGCAUCCGAAGUUUAGAAGCAAGUUGCCUUCUUUGCCAAGUAACUUCUUCAAGAGAUUGCCGUCUCGUAUAGACAGUCUUCUUUAACCGAAACACUUUCUUAAGCAGUAUUUACAUUUACUAUAUGUUUCUUUCAGCUUUUUUCUUCCAAGUUUCAGUGCUCUAAGUUCGCAAUAAUCAUAAGGGAUCUUUUUUCUAAACAAUAUCGUCAGUUUUAAUGAUGUAACUAAUAAUAAAUAAAUGAUGCAUAUUAGUAUAUGUUUAACAAUGUUU